AUGUACAGCUACUACGGAGGAUGGCUGGCGCCGAACAUUUUCUUUUUGGGAUAUUCUGGAGUUGUUAAUGUUGGUGGACUUCGCAUUGCGGGCGUCUCCGGCAUUUACAACGAACAGCACUACCAUCUCGGCCACUUUGAAAAACCCCCCUACAGCGAAAGCACCAGCCGCAGCGCUUACCACGUGCGGGAGUUUGAGUUGCUGAAGCUGCACUGUAUUGAGGGCCACGUGGACAUAAUGCUGAGCCACGACUGGCCGGAGGGCAUCUACAACUACGGAGACAAGCAAACUGAAGAGCCCCGCAUUCUUCCCAAGGGGCCCCCCUUGGUGAGGCGCGUCGAGGAGGAGAUUUCUUUGGACCUUGACGAACUCUGA